AUGGCCGCCGCUGUCCCUGCAGCUGCAGCCGUCGCUGUCCCUGCAGCAGCCGCCGCCGCCGUGCCUGCAGCUGCCGCCACUGCUGAACCUGCUGCACCUACCGCAGCCGACACUGCAGCAGCUGCCGCUGCCGAUUCUGCAGCUGCUGCUGCCACCGUACCUGCAGCAGCUGCUGCUCCUGAACCUGCAGCAGCUGCCGCUCCUGAACCUGCAGCAGCUGCCGCUCCUGAACCUGCAGCAGCUGCCGCUCCUGAACCUGCAGCAGCUGCCGCUCCUGAACCUGCAGCAGCUGCUGCUCCUGAACCUGCAGCAGCUGCCGCUGCAGGACCUGUAGCAGCUGCUCCCGCCAGGCCUGCAGCAGCUGCCGCCGCCGGACCUGCCGCAGCUGCCGCCAUCGGAUCUGCAGCAGCUGCAGCCGCCGGACCUGCCGCAGCUGUCACCUCCGGACCUGCCCCAGCAGCAGCUACUACUGCAGGUGCGGCCGCCGCUACUGUCCCUGCAGCUGAGUUGCGGCCCUCCUCUGCCGCCUCGCUGCACCCCGGCCCGCCCCUGCCUACUGCUGCUGCUGUCAUGGCUACUCCCAACGUGCUUACCUUUGAUGCUGAGGGUCGGGCGAUCGAUUUUGAUGUCUGGAUAGAUGACCUGCAGCUUUUCCUGCAGUGCGAUAGCAAGCACGACAUCUCCCUGUUCGAUCUCACUUCUGGUGCCUCUACUGCCCCUGCUGCUGAUGACGACAGUACUGUUCGCUCACAGUGGACCACACGCGAUGCUGCUGCCCGUCUUGCUGUGCGUAGUCACCUGCCGUCCACUGAGCGCGCGCACUUUAGCCAGUUCAAGACUGCUAAGACCUUGUACGACGCUGUAGUUGACCGUUACUCCUCCCCUGCCACUGCUGCUCUUAGCCGCCUCAUGCUGCCGUACCUGUUCCCUGACCUCGCUGCCUUUGCCACAGUCGCUGACCUCAUUACGCACCUUCGCACUAGUGAUACCCGCUACCGCGCUGCGCUUCCUGCUGACUUCUACGCCAAGAACCCCCCCCCCCAUGGGUGCUCCCCUGUCCCCCUUUUGCCCUCUGUUGCCUCUGCUGCUGCUGUCGACCUCGUUGGCACUGAGUCGAUCGCCGCUGCGUCUGCUCCUAGUGGGAGGCGCCGCACCGGCAAGGGCAAGGGGGGCAAGGGUUCGGGAGGGGCGGGCGGGGGCGGUGGUGGUGGCGGUGGGGGCGGCGGGGGAGGUGGGGGUGGGAGUGGUGGGGGGCGUGGGGGCGGCGGUGGUGGCAGUGGAGGUGGAGGCGGCGGUGGCGGCGGUGCGGGUGGAGGAGGCGGAGGCGGCAGUGGAGGUGGAGGCGGGGGCGGCGGAGGCGGCGGGGGUGGAGCUGGUCGGGGUGGUGCCUGA